AUGAAACUUAGUAAUGAUCUAUUUCAACAGGAGGGGCAGCUCAGUGAUGAUUUUGAAAGGGAGGACGGUGGCAUAAACCCAGAUCAAGCGAACUCUGGCCCACAGUGUGCAGCAAGUGGUCUGAAUUUUGACUUCGCUGAAGGAGGCAAAUUUCACAAUUUCCGAGCUCGUGCAGUUACUAAGCUUAACAUGCCUGUUUUCCAAACAGAUCUAAGCCCUAUAUAUCGUAAAUCGGAAUCAAAGUUGGGACCGAAACAUGUCUCUCCCAUCAUGUCUCUGCAAAGCUUAGAUGGCCUUGGAUCUGUCCGACGGGUAUCGUCCAUAUCUAAGCCCCCCAGCUCUGAGACUUAUCCAUUAACCACCAAGCACAAGAUAAAUCCAACCAACGCAUCUGAAGGAGGCAAUCCGAUUUACUUUGCGAAGAAGACGACCAGAUUAAAGCCUUCGAUGAUAAAGAAAAACACAUGCAACGUAAGCAAUGCCCAGCGAAGAUCUUCUGACCUGACCACACAGACACCGCCUCUACCAGGUGUAACCCUUCUCUCAGAUAGCUUAACCUUCAGUGCGAAUACCGUACCACAUAUCGGUGAGAACACGAUUGGAAGCUCCAGCCAUGUAGGUAUUAGCUUGGGGCAUAGCUUGGGGGUAGAGUUUCGAGAACCGUAUGAAGUAAAGAAAUAUGGGUCAUCAAUCUCAAAUCCCCCGGGGAAAGAGGUCGGCAUUGCAAAGAAGGCAGAAUUAGAGACAGAGCUACUCAAUCAGAAAAUUCAAUUCAGUAACCAGCAGCCUGCACACGUUCUCAGAAAAAAGUUCGGUGAUCCUGUCAAAGCACCAGCAUCAGCUGGCAGAGCCUACGGGUCCAGGGCCCCAAUGCGAGCCCGGACAAUCUCGGACUCGGCAUACAUUCGUGACUCCAUUGCAAAAAUGAAUUCUGUUGGAGUAGAAUCCAAGAGUGUCAGACCUGUUCCAGCUGGUAUAAGUAGUUCCUCAAACCCACCAAGAAUGCAUCCCAGUCAACGUCGAGACGAAGCGCAAGGGUCUCUCCUUCGUAUAUCCAUACAGAAUACAGAUGCGACUGGACCACAUCUAGUGGAAAUAACACAACCAUCACAUCAAUCGGCGAACCAAAGGCGUCGGCCGCAAUCGGCUGAUAGUGCCCUAUAUGCUAGACGUCGUGUAACAAGCACGUCUGCUCUUAUUACUCCCUCCCAUGACCUUCAUGAGUCCAAAGAGCUCAACCAGCGAUUGACCAAGAGCUCUUGCAUAGAUAUGAACUCUACGGUUAACCUUGCAUUUUCAGUAAGGGGUAGGGACGCGGAAAACGCUGUGUCAGUCCAGAAACGCCCACAGAGUGCUACAACAGGAAAUUCCAAGGAGUAUCUUCUGGCUGGGUCAUACAAGCUUCCAUUCACCAAACAGAACGUAAGAGCAAGGCUUGGACUGAAAAAGAUUGAACCCACUGUGAAGCCAAUUGACAGGAUACACGAGGUAAUCGGCUUCAAUCCAUCCGGAUAUAUGUAUGAAAAGGGUAGAAUAGAGCGCGAAAAGCAGGAGUUUCUGCGUCAAUGUAAUGGGGCCGUAAGGCAAUACCCAGUCUCUGCCACUUUGUACCCGCGUAAGCCACAGAGACUUUCUUGGCACGGCAUCACAAAUGUGAAGCAAGGAGGCACAUCAGAGAAUGCAACUGGGAUGGAGGCCCACUCACCAGCCACAGAGUCGCACGGAAGGUGCACCCUUCAAGAUGAAGGAGACCAAAUGAAUGUGAUAUCGUUCGAUAGUAAGGGAGAGAAACCUGGCAAUCAGGUGCUUCAGACGCCCAUUAGGAGGCAACAAGGCCCCGCUAGUGCUAGAACAGCCAUCCUAGAGACCCCGGAAAAGAGACCCAGCAACGCAAUGGUAGUACAGCAGUAUAUUGCUUCGUUGUCUGGAGCACAAGGAUCAAGACCGGCUAGUGCAGCUGCCGGUACCCUUGGUGUUGACAGUCUUCCCACAAAGGUCUUCAUAACCAAGGAGCCACUCCCGCUCAGAAGAACACAUCACAAGCAUCAGUUUUCCAUGUUCUAUGACCCCAACGCCACAACAGAAGUAUACGACCGUACUGUUCGCCUUCGGUCACGCCCUAGCAGCGCAUCCAAGACUUUGUCAACCAAGCAUUGA